AUGGAGGUCAUUCGACCUUUCCCUCUAGAUCUGUGGCAACGGUCUCUCGGGAAGUUGAUCGCCAUCGUCGGAUCCGAAAUGCACGAGUUGCACGAGGCCGGCCAUGCCCGUUUCUGGUUGUUCACCAGCGUCAGUGUCCGCAGUAGUCUGGUCGGAACAGGGCUGGGUGUGCGCGUUAAUCAAGUCGACAUCGUCUCGUCAAACGGGGCAGCUGGUAGUGACGACACGCUCAAUGCUCACUAUGCACAGGUGGGGGUAGUGUAA